AGUCGACCGUGAUCGGUGCGAAGUAAUCUUCCUUACUCGGAUCCCAACACAGACCUCGUUCGAUAUGAGAUCGCUGGUGGUGUUGUUCGCUGUGAUCGCCGCGGCGGUGGCCGCCCCCUCGCUGUACGUGCCCUCGGCCGUGUCCCAUCAGUCCCGGGUGGACGUGCACUCGUCGCCUGCUGUGGUAACUCAGUACGUUGCUGAGCCAGUAGUCGCCACUCACGUGGUAGCCGAGCCCGUGGUGGAGGCGCGCGCUGUCUACGCCGCCCCCGCUGCCGUGUCCCACCAAUCCCGCGUGGACGUCCGCUCAUCCCCUGCCGUAGUCGCUUCAGUCCCCGUGGUCGCGUCCGCCCCCGUCGUCGAGCCAGUGGUGGCCUACGCCGCCGCUCCCGUCAGCACCGUGUACGCCGGUGGUUCUGCCGUGUCCCACCAGUCCCGCGUCGACGUGCAAUCCUCCCCGGCCGUGGUUUCCGAACAUCUAGUGGCCCCCGUGGUCGAGGCCCGCUCGGUUCUGACCCCCGCUGUGUACAGCUGCAUUUUAGAAGCUAAACGUCAACUGAUGGCUAGAGAUGAUCAGAAGGUGCUAACCACGUUCGCAAUGAAUCCGAUGGUGGUGUUGUUCGCUCUGUUCGCCGCAGCUUGCGGCUCGCUGGUGCCGCUGGCGCAGCCCGCGCACCACCCCGCGCUCGUGCUGGACCCGCACGGCCGCCCCCUGGACACCGCCGAGGUCAUCGGCGCGCGCGCCCUGCACCUGCAGGCCAAGGCGCUGGAGCACUCCUACGCCCCCGUGGCCCACGCCGCCGUCGUCGCCCCCGUCGCCCACAGCGUGUACGCCGCGCCCGUGGCCCACUCCGUGCUCGCGCCCGCCGCCGUCUCCCACCAGUCCCGCGUCGACGUGCACUCCAGCCCCGCUGUCGUGUCGCACGCCGUGCACGCGCCCGUGCUCGCGCACGCCGCCUACUCGCCCCUGCUCGGCCACUCCGCCUACGGCCUCGCUGGACACGGCCAUCUGCUGAAGAAGCGCUCCCUGGCCCACGUCGCCUACAGCGCCCCCGUCGUCGCCGUCGCUCCCUCCGCCGUCUCCCACCAGUCUCGCGUUGAUGUCGUGUCCAGCCCUGCUGUGGUGUCCCACGCUGUCGCCGCCCCCGUCGUUGCCCACGCCGCCCCUAUCGUCGCCCACGCCGCCCCCGUCGUCGCUGUGGCUCCCUCCGCCGUGUCCCACCAGUCCCGUGUUGACGUGCGCACCAGCCCCGCUGUAGUGUCCCACUCCGUGGUCGCCCCCGUCGCCCACAGCGUGUACGCCGCUGCCCCCGUCGCCCACAGCGUCUACGCCGCUGCCCCUGUCGCCCACGGCGUGUACGGUGCCGGCGCCUACGGUCACGGUGUAUCUUCCAUCUACGGUGCUCACGCUGGCUUGGGUCUCUCUCACGGCCAUCUCCUGAAGAAGCGUUCUCUUGCUCACGUCUACGCUCCCGUUGCCCACGUUGCUCACAUUGUUCCCUCCGCCGUGUCGCAUCAGUCUCGCGUUGACGUGAUCUCGAAACCCGCCGUGGUGUCCGAGGUCGUGUCUGCCCCCGUGGCCGUCGCUCACGCUGUCCCCUCCGUGUCCUACGCUCACGUGGCGCCCCUCGCGCACUCCGCCGUCUGGACCGCCCCCGCUGCGCAUCUUUCCCAUUCUGGACUCUUCCAUUCCGCCCUUUGGUGAACAACGAUUCGACGAACGAUGUAGUUUUCGUUUUAAUAGUUUAUUUUAUUAAAAUGAAUAGACAAAUAUAGACCAAUUUUACAAAUUUA